AUGGUUCCUGCUGCCGCGCUGGCACGCAUGGGCCUGCGGUACAGUUUGGUGUGCGCCGUCGUCAAGACUACAUUCACGCUCCUUGAACCGCAAGAGGUGCAAGCCAUUAUCCCAUCCAAACGAACUACAUACACACGCUGGAUCGCAUCCAAGUCCCGCAAGCGCGCCUUCCAGGGCAGAGCCAUUCAUGAUAUCCAACUCCUCCCCACUGGGAAGGAUUCAGCCAUCCUCUGGCUCGGGGACAGGCGCCGCGCCAAGAAGGUUGUCCUGUACAACCACGGCGGAGGGUACGUCAUGCCCAUGAUGCCCGGCCACCUGGAUCUCUGCUGGGAGAGCUUUGUCUCCACUGGAGCCGAAACGGGCGUCGAGGUCGCCGUGGCGCUGCUGCAGUACACGCUAGUACCGCGCGGCAGGAUGCCCACGCAACUGAGCCAGGUCGUUGCCGCGUUCAACGAGAUACGCAGCCAAGGUUUCGCUCCUCGGGAUAUCAUUGUCGGCGAGGAAUCUGGUGGCGGUAACCUAACGAUGCAGCUCGUUGGCCACCUGCUGAAGGCGCACCCGGAUGUGCCGCGGGUGACCCUUGGUGAGCCGUUGGCGGGAGUGGUGUCGAUGUCGCCUGCUCUCGGAUCCAACGGCACCACCAGGUCGUUUCAGGAGAACGAAAAGUACGACAUGAUCACGGAGCCUCCUGUUCGCAAAUUGGCGGUCGGUAUGCUGUCAGAGGGGGAGACAGAGAAGCUGGAGUUGGUUGAUAACCCAUGGGCACGUCCGCUAGACUCUGAUCCUGCGGUUUACAGCAGGCUUGCAGAAGUGACGGUUAAGAUUUAUUUCAUGACGGGCGACCGCGAGCUGCUCGCUGAUCACGCGCGCUUCAUGGCGGGUCUUGUGAAGAAGCAAGCCCCUGAUGUCAUUGUUGCCUUGGACGAGGUUGUUGGCCAGCCGCACAGUGGCAUCUUGUUGGAAGCUCUUGUUGGAGAGGUCGGUCAGUCUACAAAGAACAUCAAGAAGUGGUUCAGGGAGGUUAUUGCUGCCAGUUAAUACAGUUUAGAAAGACUGUAGACCGCAAUGGAGCUGUAUUUAUGUAAUUUCGGUUCUAAAUAAAUUUUGAGGUAGAAUGUAUCCGGCAAUUACACUCGAA